AUGCUGUUCACCUGGGACACGACCGAUCUAUGCAUCGUCUUCCCUUCAUGGCACGUAUCGGGCACCGGCUCGCUCGUCUUCUCACUACUCGCCGUAGUCCUACUCACAGCAGGCUACGAAGCUAUCCGGGAAAUAUCAAGGCGAUAUGAGGCGUACUCAAAGGGCGUCAUGGAGGGACCCAGAGGGAGAAACGGUGGCAUUGGACGUAGCGCCAUGCAGCAGAUGAAGAUUAUCAAGGCCGUCUUGUAUGCUGUACAGGUCUUCUACUCGUUCUUCAUCAUGCUGCUUUUCAUGACGUACAACGGUUGGAUUAUGCUUGCUGUCGCAGUAGGUGCAUUUGUCGGAUACUUGAUGUUCAGCCAGUCUUCAUCGACGAAGUCAGUCGCCUGCCACUGA